AUGGUGGCUGGCGCCAACGCCGCCUAUCCCAACCCUGGCGUUGUCACCGGCAACACCGGCGUUCAUGAUCCUACCGUGGUCAAGACACCUGGUGGCUCGUACAUCAUGGCUCACACCGGAGCCAACGUGGCACUCAAGACCUCAUCCGACCGAACUGCCUGGCGCGAUGCCGGCGCCGUCUUCCCCAACGGUGCGCCAUGGACCACAACCUAUACCAAGGGCGACACCAAUCUCUGGGCCCCGGAUAUUUCUUACCACAACGGCAAGUACUACUUGUACUACUCCGCCUCGAGCUUCGGAUCUCGCAACUCGGCCAUUUUCCUGGCCACUAGCACCACUGGUGCAUCCGGCUCAUGGACCAACCAGGGUGUCGUGAUCUCGUCCACCGACUCCAACGACUACAACGCUAUCGACCCCAACCUGAUCAUCGACGCCUCGGGCAAGUGGUGGCUCUCAUUCGGUUCUUUCUGGACCGGCAUCAAGUUGAUCUCCAUCGAUCCCAGCAGUGGAAAGCGCACCGGCUCCACACUUGUCUCUCUCGCCAAGCGAGACGCCAGUGUUGAGGGUGCUGUUGAGGCCCCCUUCAUCACUCGACGGGGCAACUACUACUACCUCUGGGUGUCCUUUGACAAGUGCUGCAACGGUGCUUCCAGCACUUACCGCAUCAUGGUCGGUCGAUCCACCAGCAUCACUGGUCCCUUCGUCGACCGCAAUGGAAAGAACAUGAUGCAGGGAGGUGGCACUGAGAUUCUGGCUAGCCAUGGCUCCAUCCAUGGCCCUGGCCACAAUGCCGUUUUCACUGACAAUGAUGCCGACGUGUUGGUGUACCACUACUACACCAACGCUGGUGACUCUCGUCUGGGUAUCAACCUUCUUCGCUACGACUCGGACUGGCCUGUGGCUUAUUAA